AUGGUUGAUGCAAGAAAGAAUUAUGAUAACAGUUUAGAUGAGGAGGAGGGUAAUAUGAUGAUGCUGAAGAAUUAUUACUAGUAUUAAAGUGAUCACCGCUAACAACAAAGACAAUAAUUAGAUAAAUAAAUAGGUCAUUUAGUAAAGUAAGUAGACUAAGGAUCACAUAAGCUACUCAAGAGUUACAAGGCAGAGACAGCUAGAGAAGAUAGAUUAAUAGAGCCAUUGAGAGUAGAUAUGCAGUAAGUGCUGUAAAAAGGAGUUGUGAAUACUCUGGAUCGAAGAGGGCCUUAUAAGAAUAAAGAUGAAAAGAUCAAGAGAUGUAACUCUUUCAUUUAGACACUCCAAAAUAAUUAAGCCUAUUUCAACUACAAAAGAGGACAGUUGAUUCUCCCAGGUAAAACCAAUCUUACUAAACAGUAAAAUGCCUAGGACAAAUACGAGACUAUAAAGAAAAUAGUAAUGGAGAAGAUCAAUCAGCAUACAAUAGCUUAGCAGCCAGUGCCCCCAAAAAUAAAUCUUAAUUUCUAUCAAAAGAAUCAAGCUUUACAUAAUAAGAAUAGCAAUAAUCAGUCAAACCCCAACUUAGAUCACAAGCCAUUAGUUCCUAUUCCGCAUCACAAUGACUCGGAUGAUGAUGAAAAUGAAGACCAAUUGGCUUAGCAUGUCGUAAAUCCCCUUUCCCCAGCAGUCCUACUGGCAGAAGACCGUGAAUUGCAGUAAAUGAAAAAGCAAAUGGCUACAUUAUCCCUCAAGAAUCGUUAGUUUUACAAACAAGUUAACAUGGACCAGCACAACUCUCAGAAGAAAAAACUUAACCAAAUGAAGAGAGACUUGGUACGUUUGGACAAGCAGCAUCUCAAGGACUAGUUGUCUACUAUAAGAAGAGUGCAUACCCAGUGCAUUCAGUUCAAGAGAAAUAAGGAGUUGCAGAUGUUUAUGCAGAGUACUUUUAAGAAUGAAGAGGGCGGGGCAUAGUCUCAAGAGGAAAAAGAACAGAAGCAGGUACAGGAGAAUAUGAAGAAAGUUUUUGAAGAAGCUAAGGAGCUGCUAGAUAAGCAACUUAGGGAAGAGUAAAAGAAGAGGUAGAAAUAAAAUCUGACAGCGUAGCAGCAGCAACUAAAUCAGACUCAGCAAAAUCGAUCGUAACUUAGGCCUUAAUCAGCUAUGAUGCAAAGGAACAAGUCAAUGAUUAUUUAGCAGAGAGAAAUGGGUGUGAGUUAAAUUGGAGGAGGCCAGACUCACAGAGUAAUGCAAAGUUCAUUGGUUAACAAGAAAAACAAGAGAGCUGAGUAGACACUUAAGCAGGUGCUAGUGAUGACUGGAGACCUUAUUGAACUUUAAAAGGCUAAGGAACUAGACUAUGAGAAGUUUGUCAAUCAAAGUUACUCAAAGAAUGAUGUUAUCAGAAGUAAGCCUAAUGAAAGUCUGUAUAAAAUCAAAAGACCUACAACCAGUCAGCCUAAAUUAAAGAAAGACUAUGGGAUAUAAUUCGUUGCUCCCUCUUAAAUGUAAAAAUACAAUAAAGAUCAGAUGUUCAAUGAGCUGAGUGACAAUGCCAAAGUCACAGUUUAAAAUGUAGAGCAGGUCAUCGAGUAUGCCAAGCCCAAGUAUGGCUUUACUAAAUAUCAGACUGACAGCAGUAACCGAGAUCAAACUACUGCUAGCACCAACUAUGGGGGCUUGUAUGAGAGUGUUACUGAAAAGAAGACGUAGACACAAACAAUCAGAGAGUCACUGGUGGUAUCUCCAAGGAAGUUUCACCAGGAUUAAGCUGUAAAGCAAAUUCAAAUGAUGAUGCAGUAGCAGCAAUAGCCAUCUCCAUCUCCUAAUAAAUCAAUUGCCAAGACUGAGCAGCUAUCCUCUUCCAAGAAAAGACCUUAGACCGCCAGAGUGGACUCCUUCUUUGAACACUCAAAGAACAGCAGAACUCUAAUUAGGAAUAGAUCCUCAAGAGGACACUUCUAAUAGGUGCCUUUGAUUUAAACUCUUCAGAGGCCUUAGUCUACUUACCUAUCUAGGAGAAACCCAGUGGAUGCAAAUAUUAACAUGAGUCCGGGAGUGUGCACUGGAACAGGUGUAGAGGGCCCAGAUGAAGAUUUCAUGAAACCUCAAAUGAUGAUGCAGAGUCAGAGUGUUGGAAAUAUCAGUCUCCAUUAAUUGUAAACCCAGCACAGAGUUAAGAUAAUGGACACAUCUUAGAAUCAGAAAUCAUAGAUUUCAAAAAUGGCGACUUAGGCAGUUUAAAUGAAAGGCUAUGAAAAGUUUGAUGAUGAAUUUGAUACCAGAUAUCUAGAUCCAACACCUUAAGUAAAUUUAGUAAAAGUAGACAAAGAUUUUAAGACUUUGAUGCAAACUUUGUCUUAGUCUAAGUUUACUCAUACCUAGCGAAUGACCAAGACCAUCUUAAGUAAUUUACAUGAAAUUGAAAAGCAAAACAAGAAGCAAAUAGAAGCCAAGCAAAAGUAUGAAGAGUGGAAAAAAGCCAGAGGUGUUUUAAAUUAAACAGCCAAGUGA